AUGUGCGCGUGGGUUGUAUCGGUCUUGCCGGUAUUCAUCGAGACCAAAACAUCGGCUGGCAGUCUCGAGACCUCGGGUGUUCAGCUUGGGGUCUGGGUCGCAGCAUGGCACGAGAGUCUGCGCAGCAUCAUGAGGUGCGGUGGGGCGGUCGAGCGCAUCAUUACAGUUCCUCUCAUUCAGGUUUCAGGAGGUUCCUGGACGGUCAUGUUUGCGUUGGAUGGUGGGAAUGAAGUCCAAAUUCUUUUUGACCACCAGACUAUCAUUGGCAGCAGCAAUUCGUUGACGGGCUAA